CUAGUUUCAAGCACUGAACACAAUGAAACCAAUUAACAUGGUCGAUGUUGGAAUGGAUGGAAAAAACACUACUUUCCUUCUUGACGAGUGGGAGAGGGACUUUCUCUCAGCAGUGAUGACGGUGAUGUUUGUUGCGGGAACCACCGGGAACGUCAUGGUUCUCCUCGCCGUAGCCUUGUCGCGAAAGCUUCAAACCUCCACCAACACCUUCGUUGUCAGUUUAAGCGUGUCAGAUCUCCUUGCGUCACUGGUUCAACCUCUUCAGGUUGCAGGAAUGCUUGGCAAAGAUGGUUGGCCACUCCCAGAUAUCGUCUGCAAGAUCGUGGCCGGGGUCGCCAUUACAUGCGUCUCGUGUAGCGUCAUCACCAUCUCGAUGAUAGGCGUCAAUCGUUUCGUACUCAUCACGAGAUCAAAAGAGGCAUACCAACGCGCAUUUUCGACCAAGUUCUUGGCUGCGAUGAUAAUAUUUUCUUGGAUGUACCCGAUCGUCACUUUGGUUCUACCUCAAGUGUCCGGGCGACAUGGUCGACUGGGUUAUGACCCUUCAACCCGACUUUGCAUCUGGGAUUUCGCUCAUCCAAGCGCAAAGAUCUAUGUUGACCUAGCUGCGGUAUUAGUGGGUUUUCGCCCAGCGUCGUACGACGCUAUCUACGACGUAGAACGAUCUCUUUGUUCUUGGCGAUUUUUGCACACGUACGUUCUACGUCGUACGACGCUGGGCGAAAACCCACUAAUGUCAUUGACAACGUUCAACCUGACCCUCUUCAGCUACCUCUUGAUCUUCAGGCACGUCAGGAACAGCGCCCUCAUCACAAGGUCCAAGUCUUCUGUCAUCAGCCGUCGACCAUCUGCUGUGGUGAGUCGUAAGCGCUAUCGGAAGCAGAUCGAGCUCGUGAUCACCAGAAACUUGCUCUACGUCAUCUGCGGAUUCUUCUGUUGCGUUAUCCCGUACACCGGGCUGUUCCUUGCACUUCCGUUUCUUGAAGGGACGUUGUUGAGGCUAGGUCUUCACAUCUCAUCUUAUGCUGCAGUUCUGCUCGUCUUGGACAGCUGUCUCAAUCCGGUCAUCUACGCGUGGAAGCACCCACACUUUAAAUAUGUCUUCGGAUGCAUGGUGCGUUGCAGAUGGCAAGACAUCCCAGAACCAUCGAAGUACUUGGCCAGAAUCCUUCGGCAAGGUGGUCAUACCGUCAAGUCAUCAAUAACUUCUUAAUCAAACCAACGUGUAGGAACAAGUAUUUGAAAGAUAUUGACACCAUCACAUGAUAAUUGAAAUGAACUGAAUAUAACGAGACGAUUUUGUAGAAAAAAUACCAUGACAUAGCAUUAUGAUAUUUGAUUGAAUGGAUAGGUAUAGAGUUGAGGUUGAAAAUGUAGAAAUUG